AUGACCUUUGGUACUCUCUUCACCUGCGGGGACAACCCUCGCUCCAUCGCCAUCAAGGUGGUCGCUAAGGCCAACGGCCUUGACCUCAAGGUCGUUGAGGCGGACUGCACCAAGCCCAGCGCCGAGCACCUCAAGGCCCACGGCCUCGGAAAGAUCCCUGCUUUCCUCGGCGAGGAUGGCUUCGCCGUGUCGGAAUGUGUUGCCGUCGCCAUUUACAUCACCUCCCAGAAUGAGAAGACCACCCUUCUCGGCAAGACCAAGCAGGACUACGCCUCCAUUCUGAAGUGGAUGUCUUUCUUCAACUCGGAGAUUGUUCCCGCCAUGGGCGAUUGGUUCCAGCCUCUUAUUGGCAAGAUGCCGUACAACAAGAAGAACGUGGACGAUGCCUCCAAGGCUGUCCUGAAGGCUGUCGGAGUCAUUGAGAAGCAUCUCGUCCGCCACACCUACCUGGUCGGCGAGCGCAUCACCCUCGCCGAUCUCUUCUGCGCCGCCCUCCUGAACCGCGGCUUCCAGUACUUCUUCGACAAGCAGUGGCGUCAGGAGAACCCCAGCGUCACCCGCUGGUACGAGACGAUUGUCAACCAGCCCAUCUACACGGCCGUUGCCAAGAAGCUUGACUUCCUCGAGAAGCCUGCCCUGACCAACACGCCCCCCAAGCAGGCCAAGGCCGAGCAGCCCAAGGCGGCUGCCAAGCCUGCCGCCGCCAAGCCCGCCGCCACGGAGGAGGAGGAGGCCCCCAAGGCCAAGCAUCCUUGCGAGGCCCUCCCCAAGGCCACUUUCCCUCUGGAUGAGUGGAAGCGUCACUUCUCCAACAACGAAACCCCCGAUGCCCUCAAGUGGUUCUGGGAGAAGGUUCCUCUCGAGGAAGAGUACUCCAUCUGGCGUUGUGACUACAAGUACAACGACGAGCUCACGCUGACCUUUAUGUCCAACAACCUCAUCGGUGGUUUCAACACCCGUCUCGAGGGCUCCCGCAAGUACAUCUUCGGCAGCGCUUCCGUCUAUGGCGAGAACAACAACUCGGUCAUCCAGGGCGCUUUCGUCAUCCGGGGCCAGGACCACGAGGGCGUCUUCGACGUUGCCCCCGACUGGGAGAGCUACAAGUUCACCAAGCUGAGCCCCAAGAACGCCGAAGACCGGGCCUUCCUCGAGAACAUGUGGUCUUGGGAGAAGCCUGUUACCGUCGACGGCAAGGAGUACGCCCACGCCUGCGGAAAGGUCUUCAAGUAA